UUGUCGCAUGACAGAAUGCAUGCCAGAAUAACGCCUCCCUCGCUAACUCCUGUUGCAGUCCCAGAUCCAAGAGACAUCGGUCCCCAGUUUACCAGGCUGGGGUGUCAUUGGAAAUCAGACGCUGGUGGCCCGGCAGGAGGCGCCCCACGGACCCUGUUGCUGCUUUCGGUUUGCCCGGGUCGGGCACCUCUCAGAGAAGGCGCCCCCCCCUCCGCCCCUUGGUCUGUGGCCCGCCCCGCCCCUCGGCUUCCUCCAGGGCGGCGGGCACUGAGGCCACGCCGGGCAGAGGAGCCGGAGCCGGCGAGCAGGAGGUGGCGGUGGCCGCGGAGGCGAUGUCCUGCAGAGUGGAUUUUUUUUUCUUGCCUGGCUCCCUGCUCUUUGCCACUUUUUUGGAGUCAGUGGGAAGCCAUAGGACACUGGAUAGACGCCAUCUUGGAGCAGGCAGGGCAAGAAUUGGAACUAUGCCAGCAGCAGGCGGACGAAGUGACGGAAAUCAUGCGCAACAAUUUCGACAAGGUCUUGGAGCGUGACGGCAAGCUGCUUGAGCUGGAGCAGCGCUCAGACCAGCUCCUGAACAUGAGUUUAGCCUUCAGCAAGACAACCAAGACUCUGGCCCAGAAGAAGCGCUGGGAGAAUAUUCGGUGCCGCAUCUACUUGGGGCUGGCAGUGGCUGGUAGCCUGCUCAUCAUCCUGAUUGUGCUGCUGGUCAUCUUUCUUCCAACGAGCGAUGGGGACAGUGGUAAACCAUAGGCCUAGGAAGCAAGCACUGCCUUAGGGACUGGGGACUGAACCAGCCAGGCCUGGAGGAGAGGCUGAAUGACUGCACUGGCCUGUUGUUGCCAGAGAAUCCUGGCGUUUGCUUCUGCCUAGGCCACCCGAGUGAGCACUAAAGGGCAUCCUGGAUAUGUGCACGUCUGCAUCUCCCAUCAUGCCAUAGACUGGCCCUUGAGGGCAGCCUGCUGCACUGGCCCUAUUAGAUGACACCGCUGGAGCUCAGUAAAAGCUGAUGUUUGUUAAAA